AGUUGGUGAUACGUUUGUUGGUGCCUGUGUGUUUGUGUGUGUGCGUGUGUGUGAAAGACUUACCACAUUUGUGCUUCUCGAGGGCCGCAGAGGGCAUCCUUUUCCACGGCUGCGAUUCUUUCCUCUCGGUUUAUUCAUUUUUUUUUUUUUAAUCUUACGUGGCUCGCACCCUCCUCACCGAUAGACUCUGUGCGUCAUUCGUUUGCACCAGCAAUUGGAGCACGCCAGGAUUUCACUGUUGCAAACCUUUUUUUUUCGCUUGUGUUGGUUUGUUUUGUUGGAACCACACCGAGACGCAUACGGUCCUUUCUGGUUUCCAUUGCCCCUAACUAUUUGUUAUCCUUAGCGUUCAUACGCAUGUUUAGCACGUUGUCCGCUAGCGGCCCUCGGCGGCUUGAUGGCAGCAGCGCGAUGCGAAGCAACGAUGACGCGUCGAACCUGCGCGUCCUGCCCACCACGGGCGACCCAACCGACGAGGUGCGCGCAUCGCUUGCCAGUCUCACGGCACGUGCGCAGCGGCUUGUCUCCGAAAAAGACGCGGAGCCGCUCCUGCGCAACGGCUACGGCCUCUAUGAAGCCUCGCGCAAGGCAGCCGAGGAGGCACGGCGGCAAGCCAGCAAGUGCCAGUCGGCCAGCGAAGGCUAUGCACCGGCAACGCACGCGUCGGUGGAGCUGUUCAUGACGCAGCACCUCGGCUUCGACGCGCAGGCGCAACAGCGUCUUCUGCAGCAGCUGCAACACCGCCACGCCCAACUGGGGGCGGACUUGGGGCCGGUGGAUCCGAUGGCCGCCGCGGAGAGCUCCGGCUUCAUGGGCAUCACGGACGUCGACGCCGUCGUGGCGGAGAUCAAAAAUGACAUUUUACUCGACGUGCAGCACGCCGUGCACCGCCGCCAGACGACGCUGGUGCGGGAUCAGGUGGACGCCCUCUUCAAGGCCGCGUGGCACUCCUACUACGUGCAGGUGGCGGACGACUACGAGGCGCUCUCCGUGGGCGCGGCAGAGCUGGCCAUGAACAAGAGCGGUAGCAGCGGUGUUGGUCGCAUCUCUGCGGGCGCGACAACGCAACGGCCGGCGGCUAGUUUCGGCGCCAGCACCGCCCACUCCCUCCUGGACUUGCUGAACGGCGACUCUGUCCUUGCAGCGGAGCUGAACAAGCGCAUAGCCGCCUUUGCCGCCAUCGUGGAAGAGUACGCCCCGCUGCAGUGGGUCUCGUACUUCACCUCGUACGUCACGGAGACCUCGCUGGAUGUGGCGGAUGAACUGACCGUGUUGUGGGCCACCGUUGCGCAAAUUCUCGAGGCGAUGCAGCGCCGUGGAGCGGAGGCGGACAUGCUCGCGUAUGUCGCGAUGAGUCGCCGCGUCAUGGAGCGCAAGUCGCUGAGUCGGCUGCUCCAGCGCGUCCUCCGCCUGGACCCGAUGCGCUUUGAGGAGGUGGAGAACAUGAACGCGGCGCACGUGCUCGACGUGGUCACGCGCUACUGCGGGACGGCGAACCACUGGAUGCACACCUUUGUGGCCAUGCGUGCGGGCCGCUACGACGUGGCGAAGUUAGCCGCGCAGACCAUCGGCAUCACAGCGGUGACCGACGCGAUGGAGAAGAUGACGGCGGCGGCCCCAGGGGAGCGCAACGCGUUGAGCCCCGCGAUGGACCUGCAGACAGUCUACGCAGAGGCCGCCACGAAGGAAGACCCCUAUCGACAGGCGGUUUUGAUGAUCCUGUUAGCUGGCCGCACCGGGGAAAGCUCCGCGGCUGUUCUACGCGCAAUGCUCAGUCUUUCUCAGCGCAUCACGGACUCCCUCGAGGACGCGCUGUGGCUGCGGCUGUCGUGCAUCCGUGGAGUGGAGGAGUCGGCGCAGGUGUCGACGGUGCAGAGCCUUCGCACGUUGCAGCGCGCCGUCUUGGAUGAUUUGCAGGAGCUGGUGACGCUGACGCAGGGCAGCGCCUGUCGCCUUGCGUCGUUCCUCAUCCACGCCCUUCUGCCCUCCGCCGGGCUGCGGCUCUUGUUGGAGAACAACUACACCCACGUUGACGGCUUUCACAUGGCCCUCUGUUUCAAUGCACAGAACCUGCUGCAGGAGGGUUUGAGCUCCCCUCUCGAGGUGCCCAUCGAUCUUGCCCGCCACAUGAGCCGCUACUGCUCGGUGGUGCUGCUGGACGUGGAUCGCCGCACGAGGGCUGCCGCCUUUGCUGGGACAGCUAUGUUCGCCUACUUCUACAAGAGCGGCCUCACGGACGCCUUUGUAGAGUGCUGCCUCAAGGACACGAUUUGCGCGCGACUAUUGGGUUCGCGUGCAGCGAUUGGAGGACAAGACGCACUGCUGCUUCGCGCCACCGCCAGUCCUCUUUCCGAGGAGCUGCUGAAGGCGUUGAUACAAGUGGCCGAAGCUGCGUCGGCUCGUAGCGAGGUCGCCAAAGCCACCCACGUGCUCGUCGCUGUGAUGUACCUUGCAGAGCAGCUGGGCCGCGCUGAGCUGCAACAGCAGGCCCUCCUCCGCGCGGUGCAGAUCAUCUCGCCCGCCCUCGCGCAGGUGUUGCAUCUCCCGUCGAACAGCGUCGCCGUGUCGGAUGUGCUGUCUCAAGCGGCGAAGCUGCUGCAGGUGGUGAACACGGAUGAGAAGCACCUGCAGGGCAAUCCUCUUGUCUCGCAGGACUUCCAGACCUUUUCCCUGCUGUGCCGCAUGGCAGAUGUGUAUGCCUACAACGCGCAGGGCAACUUCAGCGAUGCUGUGAACGCGUUCUUGCAGCUGCCGUUUGUCCCUGCAUCGGAUAGUGCCAUGAUGGGCGAUGCUGACACGUACGUAGACGCCUAUUGCAAUGCCCCCGGCAAUGUGCAACUCGGCGUCAGUGCGGUGUUUCCCAUCGUCGUAUCUGCCGCGGGCCAGCUGCUUCAGCUGUACGCCCGCAGCCGCGCCAACGGCGGAGACGUUGAGGAACGACAGACUCAUCUUCUACAGCGCAUGCGCAGCGUGUGUGACUGGGCCCGGCAAUGCUGUGCGCGGAUCAGCGUAGAGUACCCGACAGCCGCUGACGACUUUGAGCGCCAGUACCUCGGAUAG